CGAAAUUGCCCGAUUCUCAAUUGACCGUAGCCCGAGCACAGCGCCCACAAGGGAGGCUGGGGGAUGCCGGCCCGGGCGACGACGCGACAUCUGCGGCCAGGAUUGCAGACGCCGCCAAGCUCCAGAACAUGGUGACGGAUGCGCUGCACUCUGCAAUCCAGUCUGCAACGGCCAGAAUGCCAUGCGUGGCAUGCAAACGGUUCGCAGCGCCGAUCGUGCGAGUUAUGCAAGGCAGGGGUAUUGCAGUCCUCCUCGUUGGUCCACGGGCAUCUGGACAAUCAAAUAAAAGCCGCAAGCGCAGAUCGGGCAAAUGCAUGGCACGCCGCCAUUGGAGGGAUGGGGUGUGAAUUAUGUUUGAUUUGGGACAACCUGUCCUCAUCGACUGCCGUACAGGUAUCCCAACGUGGUCCUCAUGCGGAACCGACCAAUGGCUACUCCCAAGCAAAUAUGCUUUCGUGUCAUUCUAAGCCUGUGCAACCUGGACAUGAGAGGGAACAAGAAGGAAAUGAAGAAAAGGCUAAUAUUUACAGUUGCGAUGGAGAAAAGGUGAAACGACCGGUGAGAACUUUUGUUGGAUCUGAACGCCCGGGAAGAACCUUGCUUUUGAAACGAUUUCGUUUUCCUCGACGCUGAUAACGCCUUUCCAAAGCAGAAGAAGUCGACUUUGACACCAAGCACCGAAGUUCCAUGAGACCACCGAGGAAUAACGCCACCAGAUUAUGCACAAGCGCUCAACGCGGGGGAAGAUGCUGAGGAGAUGCAAGAAAGCGAUCGCCGCCGCAGCGGGGAAGAGCGGAAGUCGUC